UUUUCACAUCCCCAGCAUCACGCCUAAAUCAUAGAAAGCAGAGAACGGGGCUCACCGGUUCCCGAAAAAAGAAGAAAAGCAAAUCCAAGGAGGAGAAGAGGAGAAGAGAAGAAAACAGUAAUUCAGACAAAUAAAGAGAGAACAAAAUCAUGAUUGAGAGACAAAAGUUAACAUAAUCUCUUUCAAAGGAGUGGUGGUGGCGGUCUCCAUACCCUAAAAUCUCCAUAUUCCUCCCCACCCACCAUCUCCGGAAAAUCCGAAAUCUCCUUAUCCAGUUCAGACAUGCGGAGGGGGAGGACAGCCAAGGCGGCGGAUCCGGCGGUGGUUGAAACUAUACUGUCGAAGCAGCCACAGCGUCAAACAAUGGGGUCCAAGGAAGUCAGAUUUAGGGGCGUUAGGAAGCGGCCCUGGGGCCGAUUCGCUGCCGAGAUCAGGGACCCGUCGAAGAAGACACGUGUCUGGCUCGGUACGUUCGACUCGGCUGAGGACGCGGCUCGAGCAUACGACACCGCGGCGAGGUCUCUACGCGGACCGAAGGCGAAGACUAACUUUCCUUUGCCGAAUAAUCAGACUCAGAUUCAUCUGUAUCACCAACAUAUCGCUGAUUCCAAUUCCGACGCCGUUCAGGUUAAUAGGCCGACGAGCAGCGGAAUGAGUUCGACUGUGGAGUCGUUUAGUGGACCUAGGGUUUCGAAUCCGAUGCUUUCGGUUACCCAGGUCGCCCGGAGACCCUUACAGCCGGUCUCACCGGAGGAUUGUCACAGCAACUGUGAUUCGUCAUCCUCCGUUGUUGAUGAUGCCGAUGAUUGUUACGUGCUUUCCUCGUCUUUCGGUAAAGUCCUGCCAUUUGAUCUGAACUUACCUCCUCCGGUAGACGACAUUGAUUUCGGCGGCGAAGAUCUAGAAGCUACUGCUCUCUGCCUCUGAUGGGUCGCCCUGAAUUGACUGGUCAUUUUUUCUAUUUUAUUCUAAUUUUAUGUCUAAUUUUCUCUGGAGGAUGAUUAAAGAAAGAUAAUUGGGUACUUGGUGGAGGAAGAACAUUUGAGUUUUUGUCACUUUUGUGCUUCUGUUAUGUGUUACAUAAUGGUUACUUUUCUGUAUUUCGACAUGGUUAUGUGAUCUGUGGUGUUUCUUCAACAUGACGAGAUUUAAUCU